AUGUUGGUACGAUCGCUGCAAAUGCUGCGUUCCAGCGGUGUUGCAGAUGGUGUGAGAGGCUCCACUCUCUUACUUCGUUUUAUGCACAGGAGCGCAACACCAAUUCGAAGAUCCCUCAUUCUGAAACGCGAGCCGAGUGAAUUCAGCCUUCAAAGUACGCGUGGUAACUUCAAUUAUGGUAUACGCCAAUUUUCUGUAUCAGUCACCCGCUUUGAGGCUCAGAAAGCGGCUGAGGAUGCUUCAAAGUACACGGAAAAGAAAGUCGAGAAGGAGAGCUCCAAAAUGGACUUUCAAGAGGUAUGGAGACUGUUUAAACUGGCCCGGCAUGACUGGAAAUUGCUGUGUUUGGCUAUCGGACUUUUAACCAUCAGUUCGUCUGUUGGGAUGGCCAUACCCAAGGUUAUUGGUAUGGUCCUAGAUUCUAUAAAAAAUGCAUAUGCUGCAAAUUCUGGACCAACCAGCCUGGAUGACCUGCCUCCGAUAGUUGGAAACUUAGGAAUGUACGAAUUUCUUGGAGUCUUUGCUGGUGCUUUGGUUUUGGGAACUGUUGCCAAUUUUGGUAGAAUUGUGCUGCUCAGGGUUUUAGGUGAAAAGCUGGUCGCUAGACUGCGGUCUAAUGUUAUCAAAAAGAUUUUGCAUCAGGACGCAGAGUUUUUUGACCGCAACAAAGUAGGUGACCUCAUCUCACGGUUGAGUUCAGAUGCUUAUGUCGUUUCCCGGUCCAUGACGCAGAACGUUUCCGAUGGGUUUAAGGCCAUUAUUUGUGGUGGUGUUGGUAUUGGUAUGAUGGUGAGCAUUUCGACUUCCUUGACUUCAGCAUUACUACUAUUUGCUCCUCCACUACUAGUGGGCGCUACCAUAUACGGGAAAAAGAUAAGAGCGAUUUCGAGGGAACUCCAGCAGUCCACAGGUGACUUAACCAAAGUUUCAGAAGAACAACUCAAUGGAGUUAAAACAAUUCAAUCUUUCGUCGCCGAAGGCAAGGAGCUGGGACGUUAUAACAGUGCAAUCAGGAAAGUCUUUUCGUUUGGAAAGAAAGAAGCUUUGACGAAUGCCACUUUCUUCAGCUCUACUGGUGUAUUGGGCGACUUGAGUUUCCUUAUCGUUUUAGGUUAUGGAUCGCAGCUUGUCUUGCAAGGUGCUCUUUCUGUUGGUGAACUAACCGCUUUCAUGCUUUACACCGAAUACACAGGGUCUGCAGUCUUUGGCCUUUCGAACUUUUACUCCGAACUCAUGAAGGGAGCAGGCGCGGCUUCCAGACUAUUUGAAAUGACAGAUCAUGCAUCAAAGAUAAAGCCGACUUCUGGCAAAGCUUUUGUCCCUCGUUCAGGUCAAAUUACAUUCAACGACGUCUCUUUUGCGUACCCUACGAGGGCAAACAAUCAGAUUUUCAACAAGCUCAACUUUACUAUCGAACCCGGUUCAAACGUGUGCAUAGUGGGGCCUUCGGGUCGAGGUAAAUCGACUAUUGCGUCCUUGUUGCUGCGCUAUUACGAUCCUACUAGUGGAUAUAUUACCAUCGAUGGUCAGGAUAUCUCCAAGGUGAGUUGUAAGUCUCUCAGACGCCACCUGGGCGUGGUCCAGCAAGAGCCGAUGCUGAUGUCGGGGAGCAUAAAAUAUAACCUCACAUAUGGCUUGAAUGGUGAGGUUUCGAUGGAAGAAAUCCGUGCAGCAGCCAAAAAAUGCUUCUGUCAUAACUUCAUAACGAAGUUUCCUGAGGGCUACGAUACGGUAAUCGGUCCAAGGGGUGCUUCCCUGAGUGGGGGGCAGAAGCAGCGUAUUUCCAUUGCUCGCGCUUUGAUCAAGAAGCCCAAGAUCUUGAUUUUGGACGAAGCAACGUCUGCGCUUGACGUGGAGAGUGAAGGUGCCAUCAACUAUACGCUAGGACGAUUAAUGAAAAAACGAGAGCUGACCAUUAUUAGCAUCGCACAUCGGCUCAGCACCAUCAGACGAUCAGAGAAUGUCAUUGUUCUCGGCCACGACGGUUCGGUUGUAGAAAUGGGCAAAUUCCGCGAUUUAUAUGCAAACGAGAAGAGCGAGCUCUUCCAAUUGCUGAAUGAUAAGAAAAACAAGAGCGGUAAUCCAACCUCCGCGCAAGAUCAACGUGCACCUGGUGAGGCUGAAGACGUCGAGGAACAUAGUAAAGUAGAUGACGAAGUGCGCGAACGCGUUGCCAACGACUUCACUCUCGAUCAAAAAUCUUCCAAGCUGACCCCUUGA